AUGGCCCUCGCGCGGCCCGUCCGGGUCUUGCUCUUGGCCGCCGCCCUUCUUUGGUGUCUUUUCCUCUACCAAGUGUUUCGGCCGUCGCCAGGACUCCAUGGACCUGGGGGACGAUAUGUGAACUUUGAGAGGGAUCCCAACUUGGAUCCUACGGGAGAGCCACCUGGUGUUCUUGUGCGCACCUCGGAAAAGUACGCGCCCGACGCCCAAGACACCGACCGCGUCAAUGCCACUCUGUUGGCGCUCGUGCGAAAUUCAGAAGUCAAUGAAAUGGUUGCCUCGAUGGAGGACCUGGAAAGGACAUGGAAUUCCAAAUUCAACUAUCCGUGGACUUUCUUCAACGACGAACCCUUUUCGGAGGAGUUCAUGGCCAAGACCAAAGCUGCCACAAAGGCCAAGUGCAACUACGAAAUCAUUCCCAAGGAGCAUUGGGCGGUACCAUCUUGGAUCGAUCAACAGCUAUACGACGAAUCCGCCUCUAUUCUUGAAAAAGCCGGCGUCCAGUAUGCCAAGCUGAUUUCAUACCAUCAGAUGUGUCGGUGGAAUAGCGGCAUAUUCUACAAGCAUCCGGCUCUGCAGAACGUCCGAUGGUACUGGCGAGUCGAACCCAAGGUCCACUUCUUCUGCGACGUCGACUACGAUGUGUUUCGAUAUAUGCAAGACAACAACAAGACUUAUGGCUUCACCAUUGCGCUCUACGAUGACCCCAAGACGCUCCCGACGAUUUGGCCCGAGACGAUCAAGUUUCUUGCCGACCAUCCCAACUACAUCCACAAAAAUAGCGCUGUGAAGUGGCUCACAGACGCCGAACGACGACCAGAGCACAACAAAGGCGCCCAGGGCUACUCCACAUGUCAUUUCUGGAGCAAUUUUGAAGUCGCCGAUAUGGAUUUCUGGAGAAGUAAGCCCUACGAGGACUACUUCAACCAUUUGGACCGGGCUGGGGGCUUCUUCUACGAACGCUGGGGCGAUGCCCCUGUUCACAGCAUCGGCGUCUCUCUCUUUGAAGACCGGAGCAAAAUUCACUGGUUCCGGGACAUUGGAUACCAGCAUAUCCCGUUUUUCAACUGCCCCAACUCGCCAAAAUGUAGUGGGUGUGUCACUGGUCAGCUUACAGAUGGCGAGGCUUUCCUACACCACGAAGACUGUAGACCAACUUGGUUCAAGUAUGCUGGCAUGGGCUAA